AUCAUCAAAACAAUAGAUGAGGCAGGCGAACCCUCGAGUAAUAAAACAAGGUCCAUUAUUUUACAGCAGAUCGCCCCGCCAGAAAUCCCCAAGGGUGCAACGAGCUUUCAGCUGUCACUUGUGAGUGAGGAAGGCGAAUUCAGCAUGACGGUGGAAGGAGUGCCUGAAGUAGAAAGUGGAGAACUAUGCCACCACUCAAAUGCACUUGUUAGCCCUCAACCAGGAGAAACACAAGAAGUAAGAAGGAGCGAUCUCUUUCGACGACAGGCUGCACAAGCAACAG